UGAACGUAUAUUUUAGUCAAAGUUCGCACACUUGUCCAUAAAGAUUUGGCGCGCAAUCAUUACUCAACGAUUUCUAUUUUUAAUUUCAUUAACUCGAGCUCGACUCUUGACCGCAGAGUCGAUGAUUUUCUAUGUGGGAGAGAGAAUUGAACUCAGCAAAAGUGGAUCAACAAAUUGAAUAAGUAUUUUUAUACUCACAAUAGAAAAAGGAAGUAGGAUUAAGUGACGAUGGCGUAUGACGACGUAAUAUUACGAAUGGGAGAGUUUGGGAGAUAUCAGAGGAAAAUUUAUCUCCUUCUGUGCCUACCAGCGAUUAUAUGCGCCUUCCACAAGCUCGGAGGCUUUUUUCUGGGAGCUUACAAUCCUCACAGAUGUUUACUGCCACAUGAAUUUUCAGGAAACGCGACAUUCUACAUGAGUCCCGAGUCCUUAAACGCAAGUUACGAGUGGGAUCCAAAAACUCAAAAAAGUUUAACAUGUUUUAUACGUGAUAACACAACGAGACUGUACGAAAAUCAUGAAAAUAAUGGGAAUGAUACGAAUGACAUAACACGAACAACGGUACAUACGACCUGUCGAGAAUUCGUCUACGACACCAGCAUCUACAAAAGUACAACUACAACGGAGUGGAACUUGGUAUGUGAUAAAGCAUGGCUGCGAGCAAUGGGGGAUUCACUGUUCAUGGUAGGAGUCAUGCUUGGCUCAAUGAUAUUUGGUGGUUUGUCCGAUAAAUUUGGACGUAGACCAAUUUUCUUCCUGUCUUUAGUCAUUCAACUGGUAGGUGGUAUUCUCGUUGCUGUUGCUCCAGAGUACAUAUCCUACGUUAUCUUCAGACUGAUAGUCGGCUCGACAACCAGCGGAGUGUUCCUUGUGUCCUAUGUCAUCGGUAAAACUCCUCGACAAUCAAUUGUCUACUUGACACUUGAGAUGGUUGGACCGAAGAAACGCCUUGUUGCUGGUGUUGGAUGUCAAUUGUUCUUCACAACUGGGUACAUCAUGACUGCGGGAUUUGCUUACUUCAUUACUGAUUGGAGGACAUUGCAAAUUGCCAUCACAAUACCCAGUUUUGCAUUUUUGGUUUAUUGGUGGUUCAUCCCAGAGUCAGCCCGUUGGCUGUUGACAAAGGGGAAAGUGGAGGAGGCAAAGGACCUCCUCCAAAAGGCAUCCAAAGAAAAUGGAAUAGAAAUACCACGCAACACCAUAGACUGCCUCCUCAAUGACUCCAUAGAAUCCAAGUCAGCUUGUGAACAAGCUUCUCUGUUCGAUCUCUUCCGUUACCCAAACCUCAGGCGAAAAAGUGUUCUCCUGUUCUUCAACUGGCUGGUCAACAGUGGUACAUACUACGGUCUCUCCUGGAAUGCCUCGAACCUCGGUGGCAACGAUUACGUAAACUUCGUGGUAUUGGGCCUGGUUGAGGUGCCAGCGUACACAUUUCUCAUCUUUACAUUAGACCGUUGGGGGCGAAAAAUCAUUCUCGGCGGUUGCAUGAUUGUGUCUGGCGUUGCACUUCUACUCACCAUGGCUGUCCCCGAGGAUAAUACCACAGCUAUCGUUACACUAGCAAUGGUUGGAAAGUUAGCGAUAACUUCGUCGUAUGGGGCAAUUUAUAUAUUUACUGCUGAGCAAUUUCCAACUGUUGUUCGCAAUGUUGGCCUUGGCGCGUGCUCCACCUUCGCAAGAAUUGGUGGGGUCAUUGCUCCUUAUAUCAAUCAUUUGGCUCUCAUCUGGACACCCUUCCCCCUAGUUAUCUUCGGCACAAGCGCACUUCUGGGGGGUGUUGCAUCGAUGAUGCUUCCUGAGACACUGAACAAAAAAUUACCAGAGACAAUUCGUGAUGGUGAAUUAUUCGGAAAGAAAGAAAGUUGGAAAACGAAAAAAGAGAAGCAACGCCAACAGAUCCAACAACUGGACGUCCAACAAUUGAACGAUAUUGAGUCGAUAAAGCCACUUAAAGCCCUUGAGAAUGGUGUCCACGAUUCAAAGCAGAAUGGAUGACCCAGCCCACCGGUUCCCUAACAAAAUACAAAUUAAUCAUAAUCUCUCAGUAUUUUUUUUUGCUACCACCACUCUACCCCUCUUUCGCGGCUUAUGAGCUCGAUCAGUGUGAUCAAUAUCAAUUCACCACGAUGAAAUUGGAAGCUGGGGCGUGUGUCUGUGGAGCGGCAAUCCACCGCUGACAAAAAUGAACAAAAUAAAUAAUGACGAAAUAACGUUUUAUAAACAUAGUACUGUCUACACGGCAUUUUGAAAAUUCUUUGUUAUACGAAGGCGUUUCAUUUUUAUAUGCGUAUUAUAUUUGAAGUUAUUGUAUAUGUACAAUUGAUAUUGUACAUGUAUUAUUCAUUUGGCAGACUGCAUUUUUGAUACAUGAAUGAGAA